GAAAAAAUAUGCGCCGACGUGAGAGGGGAGGAAGAAGACGGGGAAGAAGAAUAAGAAGGGGCAGGUGAGGCGGUGUUGAAAGGUGAAUUCGAAUUAAACAAUGGCCAAGGAUACGGUAAUAGAGCUUCCUCCUCGCGACGAUUGCUGCCCCGUCUGCCAUGGCGAUUUCAACCUCCCAUGCCGCACCUCUUGCUCGCACUGGUUCUGCGGAGAGUGCAUAUUGCGUGUAUGGCUUCAUGGAGAUGCAACAAAGCAAUGCAAAUGCCCAAUGUGCUGUCGUCAUUUUUCCAGUCUGGCGCCCGUUCAAGCAGCAUUUGACCGUAGCCAGAACCCAGAAUCAAAUAAAAUCAUGGAAAAUGUGAGAAGGUACAACAGGUUGCACAUUGGGGGCAUGCAAGGUCUCAUGCAGAAAUUUUUUGAUCUCCCAUUUUUUAUUCGGAUGGCUCUACAAGAUAUGAUGGAUCCUGAUAAAACAAGUUCUUACUUGACUAGAGUUCGUCUCUUUGCAAUGGCCCUCGGCAUGAUGUAUGUGCUCAACCCAUUCGAAUUUCUUCCAUUCGCUAAACGAGACAUAUUAAAUUUGUUUGACCUCUAUGCAACGACAUUUGUCACUAUCAUCCACGUCAUCGCGCUGUGCCGUGCAAGGCGUGUAAUCAGGCGAUAAAGUCCUUUCUUGGACAGCAUGCUUGAACAGAAGACAAAGAAGGGGUGUCUGCCCCAAGCAGCUGAUUUGCUCUGCACCCUG